AUGGAGUUUUUAACCUUUUCUCCAGAGAACCACUGCUUCUCAGAAUUACUCGACGGCAGCGACGGGGAUGAAGAGGAAAUUCUUGUCUGUGGAGAAGAUUUAGAGCUUAAUCCUUUUGAUGGCUUGCCUUACUCCUCCCGUUACUACAGACUGAUGAAGGAGAGAGAAGAGCUUCCAAUAUGGCAGGAAAAAUGUACUUUCAUGGAAACUCUGCUUCAUAAUCAAAUUGUGAUUGUGUCAGGAGAUGCUAAGACUGGCAAGAGCUCCCAGGACAUUGAGAAAGCUUAUCAGAUGAUCAGACAGGAACAACCCAAUUUAAACCCUGACCUUGGAGAGCUCAUCCCCAUCCCUUUGUACCCCACAAAACAAGACCUGGCUCCCAAACUCCUUCAAAACAAGCAGAAAUGCUGCCAGAAAUACAGGAGGAAAGUGCUGCUCACCACCAGCUCUGGAGAGCCUCUGGUCUGGACCAAAAACGUGACUUUUGUCAUCGAUGUGGGUGUGGAGACAAGAAAGGUGUACAAUCCUAGAAUCAGAGCAGACUCUGUUCUGACCCAGCCUAUCAGCCAGAGUCAAGCAGAGGUGCAUAAACAAAUUCUGGGCAUGUCUCCAUCAGGGAAAAUCUUCUGCUUGUACCCUGAGGAAUUUACACACAAGGAAAUGAAGGCAGAAAUUCCAGCUAAAGUUCAGGAAUCCAACCUCACCAGCUUGGUGCUGUUCCUGAAGAGGAUGGACAUAGCAGGCUUUGCUCACUGUGACUUCAUCAGCAGCCCAGCUCCUGAAAGCCUGAUGCAGGCUUUGGAAGAUCUGGAUUAUCUGGCAGCGCUGGACAACGAUGGAAACCUCUCUGAAUUUGGGAUUAUUAUGUCAGAAUUCCCCCUGGAUCCUCAGCUGUCCAAGUCACUGCUGGCUUCCUGUGAAUUUGAGUGUGUGGAUGAGAUGCUCACCAUUGCAGCCAUGGUCACAGCUCCCAGCUGCUUCCUGCUCGCCCCUCCUGGCACAGAGGAGAUCGCUCGGAGCCGCUGGCGCCGCUUUGCCCACCCUGCAGGAGAUCACUGCACCCUCAUCAACGUCUUCAACGCCUUCAGGGCAGCCUCUGCCAGCCCCACACACACAGAGCUCAGCAGGGAGCAGUGGUGCUGUGAGUGCUUCCUGAGCUGCUCUGCCCUGAGCAGGGCAGAGAUGAUCCGAGCCGAGCUGCUGGAGACCAUGAAGCGCAUUGAGCUGCCCAUCUCAGCGCCAGCCUUUGGAUCAGAAGCCAAUCUGCUCAGCAUUAAGAAAGCUCUUUUGUCUGGUUACUUCAUGCAUAUUGCUCGUGAUGUGGAUGGCUCAGGGAAUUAUUUAAUGCUAACACACAAACAGGUGGCCCAGCUGCACCCCUUCUCAUCCUAUUGCAGCACCAGGAGGAUUCCAGAGUGGGUUUUGUUCCAUGAGUUCAGCAUCUCAGAGGGCAAUUCCAUCAGAGUUGUCUCUGAGAUCUCCCCCCAUCUAUUUGCAGAGCUGGUACCUCAGUAUUAUUUCAGCAAUCUUCCUCCAAGUGAAAGCAAGGAAAUUCUGCAGGAAGUGAUCAAUCACUUGGCCCCUGUUUCAGCCACAAGGGAGGAACAGAAAACUGCCAGUGACAGCAAAGAAAAUGAGGAAUUUCCCCAAACUCCCACUGAGCAGAGAUGUGUUAUUCAGUGAAUUUAGACUGAACCAUCACACAUUGGACAAUAAAUAAAAGCAAUAUAUCCAAACCACAUCCCCACCUUAACCUAUGGAAUUAUUUCAAACUUUUGACAUAAAUACAUUUAACAGAAGAAAACAAA